AUGAAGCAUCGCAAUACCAAUCACACAGAUGGCCAGGUCUUUCUUUUCGUCAAUAAGACUCAGAAAUCCAAAUCUCUGUCCAAGAGCGAUGGCGCUAUUGCCAAACAGAUCAAUCGCCAUGCUCAACACUUCCGAAGUCGCAAAGUCGAGGCUCAACGAAUAACCUCUGCUCGUACCAGUUCAUCAUCGGCACGUCGGAUCGCUUUGGAUGGAUGGCAUCGAAGAGAGACGGCCCAGAGUUCAAGCAACGACGAGUCAUCGCCAACAUCCUCCCCCACCGAGAACUCGACAGGUGUCUUAGGUAUACCUACUCCGACAACAACUCAUCAGUCCUCUUCGCCACCGGCCAUUCCCACGCCACAACAGUCGACUAAUGGGCAUUCAUCACCACAUACACCCACAUCAACUAUUGAUGUGCCCCAGGACGGCACGAACCGCCACGACGGCCCCAUCCAUCAUCAUGAUGGACAACGUGAACAGGACGAUCACGUCGAAACGCUUGAGCUGACCUCACCCAUCUAUCGGGCCAAUUUUAGCUCCUACGACUGCGUCGAUCCCUUUGGCAGUACUCCCGUCCGGAUCACCAGUGAUAUCCAUCGGGUCUUGCAGUAUACCCUUCAAAUUUAUUCCUAUGCAGGCAACAACUACAAACUGGCCUUUUUGCCCAAACAUGUGCGAUCAACAAUUUCUCAAUUCCCCAUUGGCGCUGUCGUUCAGCGCAGUGUCUAUCGGGAACAUCAUCUAUACUCGUUGAUGGCGGCGAUGACCGCUCGAUUAAAACAUGUCUUUGCGGUGACGCCCACACUCGACGACCCUCAGACAAUUCGAGCCUCGGCCGAAUACUUUCUCAAGAAGGAGCUGCUUCGCUGUUCUCGAUCCGGCACUGUCGAUAAACAAACCAUCUUGGACAUUUUGUUUCUCUCGGUGAAUCUGUUGCAGUAUGAGCUCUAUGACGAUGUCCGGAAGCAUCUCAUGAUCGUUGCCAAGCUCUUUCAUUUGCUCGACUUGAAUGAGCAUCUUGACAAAUGGAUCUCCGAGACGGCCGCUCAUGUCGACAACCAACUUGCACUAAGUACAGGAAAACGGCCCGUCUUACCGAGAGAUUUCGAUCCCGGCCCCAUGCUGCCUGAGCGAAUGGCCACUCUCCGGAGGGAAGCGCAGAGAAUGAAGACCUACGGAUAUCCCAACCCUACUACGCUCAUUGUCCCGCGGGGCCCCAAAGCUUCCUUGGGACUUACUGACGUGGUUUCCGAUCUUGCCGCCACGCUAGAUAUGCGGAUGGGAACGCGAUUUACUCACGGACUGGAUGUAGGCGCGUUCCCUGGACGGCUCGGUCAAAUCGUGGCAGAUCUGGUGGACUGCAUUGAAAUAGCCAAAGUGGUCUGGUUAUCUCCUCUGGCGGUCUGUUUCGAUGCUGAAUGGUUGUGCCGAAAAGCGCGUGCAGUCCUUCGCGCCUUGCUGGCUCUGGCCCCCGAACACAACAUAGGACCAUUGGAUUUCUUCAGCAAAUGUUCCGAAUGCAAACGGAUGUGUCUGAUGAUCCUCAUGACACAUGCAUGCACUCUGAUCGGGUUUCAAACCGCCAAAUCCAAUGUCAGAAGACUCAAAGAGGCCAUGGCGGUGGCCUUGAAAUAUUGGUGUGCGUCCUCCGGUUGGACGGAAGAUUGUAUCCCCAUAGAACCCACCAGACGCCUACCUAUGUUCACCGAGGUACAAGCUGGGUUCGUUCUCUGGUCCAUUCUCACGGGACUGUGGUCAUCAGAGGGUCUUCCUGAAGAAGAAUGGUUCCUUGUUCGGGCAUUGAAUGUAUGCCAAUAUUUCGGUUACAAAACCUACGACGACCUACACAACCACAUGGCGCAAUACCUUUAUUCCAAGACAUUGCAAGAAUCCGCGAUGCGGAAGACAGCCAGCAGACUUGAGAUGCUGUACGCGAUCCCCCAAGGUCCGCAUUGGACCUUGAGUGUGGCUUAA